UAGUAGUCACUUUGCAUGACUGCAAUCGUGAAUCACGGAUCACGAUCCUCCCUCGGCUGUGCGAUUGGUCGCACCUGAAAGCGCGCUUGAUGCCUUGAUUGGGGUCCUUCCAUCGACGACGAUCAGGUCUGCUUCCGCGCUCGCUUUCACUCUCAUCUCAUCCCUCUUUUGUGCUUUCUGCGUGUGCUGCAGCAGGUCUCAUACUUUCGUCUACGCAGUCCUGCAUUCGAGCCCUCAUCUCGGCUCGGUCCUCGACACCUCAACUUUUACGCUUAGACUCUUCAUCGCAGUGCAUGGACGGCAUCGUGCAGGAUGUCUAGUAGCAACGCAGGUCUCAGGUCGCCACAAGAUGGCGCACUGUGCGGGCCGACAGAUCUCGAGGCGAUCAUCGUGGGCGGUGGCGUGAGCGGCAUUGCAUCGGCUGUGCGUUUUCAGUUGGAUCUGCAACUCAAUCGGUACCUCAUCUUUGAGCAGAGCGAUGAUCUCGGCGGUACUUGGCAUCUCAACACGUACCCCGGCGCAGGCUGCGAUAUUCCCACUCGGCUCUACUCUUUCUCAUUUGCGCAGAGGGACAAUUGGGAUAUUUUCUUCUCAUUGCAACCCGAGAUCAAAGACUACCUCCAAGAUGUCACAAAUCGCUACAGGCUCCUGUCCAGGACUAAGCUGCGCACCACCGUCCUGAGCGCUCAGUGGAUACCCGAGCGGUCGCACUGGGCUGUUCGAGCGCGCGACUCUCAAGGUCAAGAGACAGUGUACACGGCGCGAGCCAUCGUCUCGUGCAUCGGAUUGCUCUCCAUUCCGAGGGAGUGCGAUGUGCACGGUUGGAAGACAUUUGGUGGAGAGCUGUUUCACAGUGCGCAGUGGAGGAACGACGUUCAGCUGAAGGGCAAGAAGGUUGUGAUUCUGGGAAACGGCUGCUCGGCUACCCAGAUCGUUCCCACCAUUGCGCCAGAGGUGGAGAAGGUGACGCAGAUCGUGCGCGCCAAGCACUGGAUCGCACCACAGUACAUCCACCCCACAGGCGCGCCCAUCUUCAAAUGGAUACAGAGGAAUUUGGCGGGCUUUGCAGCUUUAGAGAGGUGGGUGAUUGCUCUGGUCAUCGAGACGCACUUCUUGCAAGCCUUCAAGCACGAUGGGGUAGCGGCCCGAGAACGGUUUGCAAACGUGUGUCGCAAGUAUGUGAAGGAGUGCGCACCUCCAGAGUAUCAUCACCUAUUGCUUCCCGAUCCAGAGAAGGUCCCUGUGGCUUGCAAGAGGCGCAUCUUCGACAACGGGUACAUUCCUUCGCUGGGCCGGAGUAAUGUGGAGCUCACCAACGACCAAGCCAAGGAGAUUGUAUCAGACGGCGUCAUUUUGCAAUCCGGCAGAAAGUUGGAGGCGGACGUCAUUGUGCUCGCCAACGGUUUCCGUACCGAUGGCGUCCAGUCGUUCGAUGUGAUCAAUGGCAACGGCGUCACCCUCUCCCAGUACUGGAAGGAACAUGGAGGAGUGCCGUCAGCGUACCGUGGGGUCAUGGUUGCAAACUUCCCAUCCUUUUUCCUCAUUUGGGGACCCAACACCAACACUGGGCAUUUCAGCGCUAUUUGGGCCAUCGAGCGUGCAGUAGAGUUGAUGACUUCGGUCUUGCGACCAGUGUUUGAAGCUCCAUCUGAGACGCGCGAUGCAAAGGCCACGAAUGGGCCUUUGCAACGCAGCUUUGGACGCAGCGUCGAGGUCAAGAGAUCGGCAGAGGAGCUGGAGCAGACCUUCGUGCAGAGGUCCAUGGAUGAUCUCAUCUUUACGGCCGGCUGCGGCGCAUGGUAUCAAGAUCCCGAGACUGGCAAGGUGGUCAAUGCAGCUCCCUCCUUUCAGAUGACCUACGCCAGGAGGUGCGCUUUCCCGUCAUUCUCAGACUACCGAUACAAGGGCAUCAGCUCAGACCGAGCUUGGCGCGCCUGGCAUGUGCAUCAGCGAAUAGGCAGCCUGCUCAGACUAGGAGCAACGCCGGAUAAGCGCACCAACGAGGAGGCCAGACGCGGCCUACUAGCUAGGCUUUGGAGACUAGUGCUCCUUCCGCCUCGCGCCAUCGCUGCAUUUAUCGCAAUCUGGCUAUUGCGCGGGACUAGCAGGCUAACGGAUGCGCUUUUGAGAUGGAACUACCCACCCAAGUAUCGCGGGCCUGGUCCAAGGAUCGCAAUAAACUGA